UGACAACCAAAAACAAGUCCUCAUCACAGCACCAUGUCUUCGGCACCAGUCAGCUUCCAGACAGCCCACCGACUUUAUGUCAAAUCCCUCUAUAAGCGAUCACUAAAGCUUUCACUUGACUGGUACAUUCGCCGUGAUUUGUGGCGUCAGAAGGCUCUUGAUAUUCGCCAUCAAUUUGAAUUGAACAAGAAUGUCACCAGCCCAAAAGAACUCCAGCAAAUCUUUGCAAAGACCGAAAAGCAACUCGAAGAAUUCGCUCAUCCCGAUCCAUAUAAAUUGCCAAUGGGACCUGAGGGUACCAAGUGGGAGCGUAACAUCCCACCUAGAAUGUUCGAUCAUUAGGAGACCUUACGCUACGUUAUUAGAAUCUUGUUUUCAAUCCACUUUUUUACAUAUCUGUUGAAAAUGCAACGAAAAAUAUAUCGAUGAAUUGUGUUCACACUACAAGCUGGUGGCGUUUUCUACCAUAGAGACGAUAAUGGAGAUUAUGUGGAUGUUCUGGUUUCAAUGCAG